AUGGGUGCAGAUCAUGAGCUAAAAGCCAAAUGCAAGAAGUGUGGUGUGGUGUAUAUGGCUAAUAGCAAGAAUGGGACUGGAAGGAUGCGACGUCACAUGCAAUUAUGUGUACGUAGAGACACGCGUGACGUGGGCCAACUAUUGAUGUCACAAGACAAAGGGUCUUUAGCGUUGAGUACAAAAAGGUUUGAUGCUGAACACUUUCGUGAAUUGAUAACAACAGCAAUCAUUUUGCAUGACCUUCCAUUCUCCUUUGUUGAAUAUGAAGCUAUUAGGGCGACUUACCAAUAUUUGCAUCCUGAGAUAACUUUGGUAACUAGAAAUACUUUAAAAGCAGAUGUCCAAAAAAUGUAUUCUCGGGAAAAAGCAAGAAUAAAAUCUAUGUUGGAGUUGAGCCCCGGUAGAAUUUGUUUGACAUCUGAUUUGUGGACUUCCAUAGUUGCAGAUGGAUAUUUGUCAUUAACUGCCCAUUUUAUUGAUAAAGAUUGGGUAUUGCAAAAGAGGAUUUUAAAUUUUUGCUUCAUGCCAUCACGACAUACUGGUAUUGCAUUGUCUGAAAAGCUUUAUGCAUUAUUGUGUGAGUGGGGAAUUGAAUACAAGGUUUUCACUCUUACUUUGGACAAUGCAUCUGCUAAUGAUGUGUUUGUUGAUCUGUUGAAGAAUCAGUUGAUUGAAAACAAUGCACUUAUUUAUGAUGGUUCUUUUUUUCAUAUUCGUUGUUGUGCACAUGUUUUGAACCUUGUAAUGCAAGAACGGUUGAAAGAUAUUGAUUCAGUGGUUAAAAAGAUUCGUGAGAGUGUGAAAUAUGUAAGAGGGUCCCAAAUUAGAAAGAAGAAGUUUUUAGAGUGUGUAAAUCUUAUGGGUCUUGAUUCUAAGAGAGGUUUGAGGCAAGAUGUACCUACAAGAUGGAACUCAACAUUCCUCAUGCUUGACAAUGUCUUGUAUUAUCGACGAGCAUUUUGUCAUUUAGAAUUGAGUGGUUCUAAUUACAAGGACUGUCCUAAUCCAUAUGAUUGGGAAAAGGCCGAGAAAAUUUGUGAAUUUUUGGAACCCUUUUAUAAUAUCACUUGUGUUUUUUCGGGAGCUAAAUACCCCACUGCAAACUUGUACUUUCCAACUGUGUACACAAGUUAUUUGUCAUUGAAGAAAUCUGAGACAAGUGAAGAUGCAUAUUUGUCUGCUAUGGCAAAAGCAAUGCUUACCAAGUUUGAGAAGUAUUGGAAAGAUUUCAGUUUGAUAUUGGCAAUUGCGAUAGUGCUUGAUCCUCGUUACAAGUUGAAUUUUGUAGAUUAUGCUUAUGGCAAUGUUUAUGGAAUGAAAGGGUCACCUCAAUUUUUAGAAGUUAAGAGAAAUUUGAAGUUGUUGUUUACUGAAUACUCUAAGGGCAAUGUUUCUACAAUAAAUGUUGUGACUUCACUUCCUACUCCUAUUGCUAAACUUUUUACAGAGGAGUUCAACAACUUUGAAAGCCAAGAGCAAACUGUUAUGCAGAAAUCAGAGUUAGAAGUUUAUUUGGAUUAUUUGGAUGAGCCAAAACAUCUGAAUCUGCCUUUAGUGUUGGAGGACGAGUUAAAGCAACUGAAAGAAGAGAUUGAUCGGCGAGGAGGUCUCCAAGGUCUUGGGAUUGCUCAAGUUUGUGCAAGUAGUAAUGCAACUGACUUCUUGUAG